AUGGCCUGGGAAGACCCCGGAGAAACUUUAAUGGACACCAGGACAGCUACUGCAGAGCUGGGCUGGACCGCCAAUCCCGCAUCAGGGUGGGAAGAAGUCAGUGGCUAUGAUGAAAACCUGAACACCAUCCGCACCUACCAGGUGUGCAAUGUCUUCGAGCCCAACCAGAACAACUGGCUGCUCACCACCUUCAUCCACCGGCGGGGGGCCCAUCGCAUCUACACGGAGAUGCGCUUCACUGUGAGGGACUGCAGCAGCCUCCCCAACGUUCCAGGCUCCUGCAAGGAGACCUUCAACUUGUACUACUAUGAGACGGACUCUGUCAUUGCCACCAAGAAGUCGGCCUUCUGGUCCGAAGCCCCUUACCUCAAAGUGGACACCAUUGCUGCAGAUGAGAGCUUCUCCCAGGUGGACUUCGGGGGAAGGUUGAUGAAGGUCAACACAGAAGUCAGGAGCUUUGGGCCUCUUACGCGGAAUGGUUUUUAUCUUGCUUUCCAGGAUUAUGGAGCCUGUAUGUCUCUCCUUUCUGUCCGUGUCUUCUUCAAAAAGUGUCCUAGCAUUGUGCAAAAUUUUGCAGUGUUCCCAGAGACCAUGACUGGGGCAGAAAGCACAUCUUUGGUGAUUGCUCGGGGCACCUGCAUCCCCAAUGCAGAGGAAGUGGACGUGCCCAUCAAACUCUACUGCAACGGGGACGGGGAGUGGAUGGUGCCCAUCGGGCGCUGCACCUGUAAGCCUGGCUAUGAGCCUGAGAACAGCGUGGCCUGCAAGGCCUGCCCUGCCGGGAUGUUCAAGGCCAGCCAGGAAGCUGAGGGCUGCUCCCACUGUCCCUCCAACAGCAGAUCCCCUUCAGAGGCAUCUCCCAUCUGCACCUGCCGGACUGGCUAUUACCGAGCGGAUUUUGACCCCCCAGAAGUGGCAUGCACUAGUGUGCCAUCAGGUCCCCGCAACGUCAUAUCCAUUGUCAAUGAGACAUCCAUCAUUCUGGAGUGGCACCCUCCUCGGGAGACGGGUGGGCGGGAUGAUGUCACCUACAACAUCAUCUGUAAGAAGUGCCGGGCAGACCGCCGGAGCUGCUCCCGCUGUGAUGACAACGUGGAGUUCGUGCCCAGGCAGCUGGGCCUGACUGAGUGCCGUGUCUCCAUCAGCAGCCUGUGGGCCCACACCCCCUACACCUUUGACAUCCAGGCCGUCAAUGGGGUCUCCAGCAAAAGUCCCUUCCCCCCACAGCACGUCUCCGUCAACAUCACCACAAACCAAGCUGCCCCUUCCACUGUCCCCAUCAUGCACCAGGUCAGUGCCACCAUGAGGAGCAUCACCUUGUCAUGGCCGCAGCCGGAGCAGCCCAAUGGCAUCAUCCUGGACUAUGAGAUCCGGUACUAUGAGAAGGAGCACAACGAGUUCAACUCCUCCAUGGCCAGGAGCCAGACCAACACCGCACGGAUCGAUGGCCUGCGGCCCGGCAUGGUGUACGUGGUCCAGGUGCGUGCCCGCACCGUGGCUGGCUAUGGCAAGUUCAGCGGCAAGAUGUGCUUCCAGACUCUGACAGAUGACGAUUACAAGUCUGAACUGCGUGAGCAGCUGCCCCUGAUCGCUGGCUCGGCGGCAGCCGGGGUCGUGUUCGUCGUGUCCUUGGUGGCCAUCUCCAUCGUCUGCAGCAGGAAACGGGCUUACAGCAAAGAAGCUGUGUACAGUGAUAAGCUCCAGCAUUACAGCACAGGCCGAGGCUCCCCAGGGAUGAAGAUCUACAUUGACCCCUUCACUUAUGAGGACCCCAACGAAGCUGUCCGGGAGUUUGCCAAGGAGAUUGAUGUCUCUUUUGUGAAAAUCGAAGAGGUCAUCGGAGCAGGAGAGUUUGGAGAGGUGUACAAGGGGCGUUUGAAACUUCCAGGCAAGAGGGAAAUCAAUGUGGCCAUCAAGACACUGAAGGCUGGGUACUCGGAGAAGCAGCGACGGGACUUUCUGAGCGAGGCGAGCAUCAUGGGCCAGUUCGACCAUCCCAACAUCAUUCGCCUGGAGGGCGUGGUCACCAAGAGCCGGCCGGUCAUGAUCAUCACGGAGUUCAUGGAGAAUGGCGCCUUGGAUUCUUUCCUCAGGCAAAAUGAUGGACAGUUCACGGUGAUCCAGCUGGUGGGGAUGCUGAGGGGCAUUGCUGCGGGCAUGAAGUACCUGGCCGAGAUGAACUACGUGCACCGGGAUCUGGCUGCGAGGAACAUUCUGGUCAACAGUAACCUGGUGUGCAAGGUGUCUGACUUUGGCCUUUCCCGCUACCUCCAGGACGACACCUCAGACCCCACCUACACCAGCUCCUUGGGAGGCAAGAUCCCCGUGAGAUGGACGGCUCCAGAGGCCAUCGCCUACCGCAAGUUCACGUCUGCCAGCGACGUCUGGAGCUACGGGAUUGUCAUGUGGGAAGUCAUGUCGUUUGGAGAGAGACCCUAUUGGGAUAUGUCCAACCAAGACGUCAUCAAUGCCAUUGAGCAGGACUACCGGCUGCCCCCACCUAUGGACUGCCCAGCUGCUCUACACCAGCUCAUGCUGGACUGUUGGCAAAAGGACCGUAACAGCCGGCCCCGAUUUGCAGAGAUUGUCAACACCCUGGACAAGAUGAUCCGGAACCCAGCAAGUCUCAAGACUUUGGCAACCAUCACCGCCGUGCCUUCCCAGCCCCUGCUCGACCGUUCCAUCCCAGACUUCACUGCCUUUACCACCGUGGAUGACUGGCUCAGUGCCAUCAAAAUGGUCCAGUACAGGGACAGCUUCCUCACUGCUGGCUUCACCUCCCUCCAGCUGGUCACCCAGAUGACGUCGGAAGACCUCCUGAGAAUAGGAGUCACCUUGGCAGGUCAUCAGAAGAAGAUCCUGAACAGCAUUCUGUCUAUGAGGGUCCAGAUGAGUCAAUCACCAACGGCAAUGGCAUGA